AAGAUUUUAUAGCAUUCCAGAGCAAAUAUUCAAUCUUUAACUAUGUCGGCAUCCAUGAAGUUCAUCAUUGCUGGCUUUUGUCUUUUGGCCACCGCCUACAACAUCAGAGCUCAGGAACAUCAGCAUUUGCAGUGCUGGCAUUGCAGCUCGGACACCAUUGGAGCCGAGGACUUCUGCGAUGUGACAUUCCAGGAGGAUAGUAUUCCCCAUGAUUUGAUCAAGGAGCGGAACAUCAACCUUUUGCGCACUUGCAACAGCACCAUCAAUUCGGAUCACGAACGUCCUGUUUGCCGCAAAAGUGUGGAAGAAAACAAUGGCAAGAUUAUUACAAAGCGUUUCUGUUACUACACCAACAAAUCGGAUCCCGUGGAGCUUUGCAAUAUGACCAGCCCCGAGAAGAACGUACGCCGAAUAUUCUGCGAGGAUUGUUUAACAGAUCGCUGCAACGGAGCUGCUCGCCUGGCCGCCCUUUUUGCCAUCAUUUUUCUGCCCCUUUUGACCAUGGUCAACUAAGCGGCGACACUCGCUAUAAUUGCAUCUCCAUUUUAGUUCGAACGUGAUAUUUUGUUUAGCUCCGAAUGCUAAGCCAGCUGCGGAUUAACAUCUACAUAUGUUUUAUAUAGUUUAGUUAUAGUUGUAUUCCCUUAAAGUACUUCUAUGUUAAGCUCUUGUUUACUACUUUUUAUUUAUAGUAAAAUUUAUGACCGGAUUUCAAAAUUUGCUUACUUGCUCACAGUGGAAUUUUAAAUAAUUUUAACAACGAAAUGAAAUCGAAAAUCUCAAAUAUCUAGUUAACAAACUAUUAAAUUAAAUGCUUACCUAAGCAAAAUUAUAAAUCAUUAACUAAUAGAACAACAAGCACCGCUCUAAGAUAAAUAUACCAAAUAUUUAAUAGUAAACUAAACAAAAAACUUUUAAUGUAAUAGCCAGACGCUCCAAUGUAAUUAUCACAGUUGCAUUAACCAAUCACACACCGAAUAAAGUUCAUAAUCCAUGUGACAGUGUUAAAA